AUGAAUGUCACCGGUUUUCUCUACGAUGUGGCAGCACUUACACCAGACGAAACCAAGAUUCCCCUUGUCAUCGUGGCGUGUGGCUCGUUCUCGCCACCCACGUACCUCCAUUUGCGCAUGUUUGAGAUGGCCAAGGACGAAAUCGUCGAGUCGGGCACGUACGAGAUCAUGGCGGGCUACUACUCGCCCGUGUCGAGUUACUACAAGAAGGCCGGCUUGGCACCGGCAAUCCACCGCGUGCGGAUGUGCGAGCUAGCUGUCGAGCACACAUCCACCUGGCUCAUGGUUGACCCAUGGGAGGCCGGGCAGCCAGAGUACCAACGCACUGCUGUCGUGCUCGAGCACUUUGAGGAAAUGCUGAAUGGCAAUGGCGGCGUGCACAUGGCCGAUGGGAGUCGACGGCGGUACAAGAUCAUGCUGCUGGCGGGCGGGGACCUGAUUGAGAGUUUUGGCGAGCCCGGCGUGUGGAGCGAGCCUGAUCUCCACAUUAUCCUUGGGCGCUUCGGGUGUCUUAUUGUUGAGCGUGCCGGUUCGGACGUGUGGGCGUUCCUCCUCUCGCACGACAUUUUAUAUCACCAUCGUCGCAACGUCAUUGUGAUCAAGCAAUUGAUUUACAACGACAUCUCCUCGACAAAGGUUCGGCUGUUUGUCCGCCGCGGCAUGAGCAUCAAGUACCUCCUGCCAAACUCGGUCAUUCAGUACAUCCACGAGCACAAGCUUUACCGCGAGCCCGACCGCAAGUUGAUAGGCGGGUGA